AUGUAUUAUUAUGAACCAAUGAUAAUAAGAGAUCUUUAUAAGAUUAAUCUGAUAAAUUUAGAUAGUUACACUGAAUGUUUUGAUAUGAAUUACUACCUAAAAUAUCUCCAAUCAGUUGAUUGUAAUCAGAUGGUAGUUAAGUCAAAACUAAGUGCUAAUAAAAAUUUAGGAUUCUGUUUAGGACAUAUAAAAACACAAGCUUGUUCUGGUUUCAUGAACACUAUUGGCCUAUUUGAUACUUUCAGUAAAAGUCCACAUUAUCAUAUUUCAUGUAUUACUAUUGAACCAUCAUUUAGAAGACUAAAAUUAGCACAAGAGUUAAUGAAAUUAAUGGAACAGAAUGGCAAAAUCUUAAUUAAUACUUAUAUUGAUCUCUAUGUACGAAGUACUAACGCUAAGGCUUUGGUAUUUUAUAGAAAAUUAAACUAUAAAAUAAACAACAAAGUAAAAAACUAUUACUCUGAUCCUAGUGAUGAUGCCUUUGUUAUGAGAAAAGACUUUUAA